AUGAUAGGGUUUGUCGUGUUGGGUGCACUUUUGUUCUUUACCAGCAACGUUAACGCUGCAGCUAGAGGAACAGAUGAUGUCGGUGCAGAAGAACUUAUAACAGUUGUAACGUUGUUUAGGCACGGAGACAGAGCUCCUAAGCUAUCAAUCUCAAAGAUAAAGUACAGUCAUGCUUCUUAUUGGCCGAUGGGACUGGGAGAACUAACGCAGUUUGGUAUACAAAGGUUAUACAGCCUAGGUCAGUGGUUGCGAAAGCGGUAUGACGCACUACUAUCUCCGAUUUAUCACGCAAGGGAAAUAUAUGUUAGAUCUACAGAUAGAGACAGAGCUCUGAUGUCAGCUUACGCGAAUUUGGCGGGACUAUAUCCCCCUAAGGGCUUCCAAUUUUGGGACAGUGACGUUGCCUGGCAGCCUAUUCCGGUGCAUACGGUUCCAAGGGACAUAGAUGACGUUAUCGUGGAGAAAAGAACCUGUCCAAAGUACGAUGCCCUCUUGAAAGAUACCAUCAAUUCAGACUAUUACAUCGAAAUCAACGAAAAAAAUGCGGAUUUAUACAAAAAUAUGUCCGAGUGGACUGGGUUCGAGGUGAAAGAUGUUACUGAUAUCAAUUUGAUCCAUUCUACAUUAACGUCUAUGAAACAUUACAACCUCUCCUACCUACCGGAGUGGGAAAAAUACGUCGACUGGGAUUUGCUGGAGUUCCUCAACGGAUUAAAAUACAAAAGGUAUACUACCACCUUAUCGAUGAAACGUCUGAGGUCGGGGCCUUUCUUUGACUACAUUUUCAAGCACAUGGAUAAAGCAAUAUCACCCGAUCAAUCUUCGUCUGUUCCUAAGAUGUUGAUGAUCUCAGCUCAUGGAACAACCUUAUCUAUUAUUCUAAACUCUAUGGGAGUUUUCGACGGUCACUUACCAGGAUCAGCUUUCACUGUCUUGUGGGAGUUAAAAAGAACACAGUGCGGUCGAUACUUCGUCAAUGUUUAUUUAAAAUCUGACAGUGAUUUGAAAAAACUUGCCGUUCGAGGAUGUGAAUUUGAAUGUAGCUAUGAAAACUUCAAGAGUGCUUUGAGCAACAUCACACUAGAUAUAGACAGUUGGAUCAAAGAGUAUACUACCACCUUAUCGAUGAAACGUCUGAGGUCGGGGCCUUUCUUUGACUACAUUUUCAAGCACAUGGAUAAAGCAAUAUCACCCGAUCAAUCUUCGUCUGUUCCUAAGAUGUUGAUGAUCUCAGCUCAUGGAACAACCUUAUCUAUUAUUCUAAACUCUAUGGGAGUUUUCGACGGUCACUUACCAGGAUCAGCUUUCACUGUCUUGUGGGAGUUAAAAAGAACACAGUGCGGUCGAUACUUCGUCAAUGUUUAUUUAAAAUCUGACAGUGAUUUGAAAAAACUUGCCGUUCGAGGAUGUGAAUUUGAAUGUAGCUAUGAAAACUUCAAGAGUGCUUUGAGCAACAUCACACUAGAUAUAGACAGUUGGAUCAAAGAGUAUACUACCACCUUAUCGAUGAAACGUCUGAGGUCGGGGCCUUUCUUUGACUACAUUUUCAAGCACAUGGAUAAAGCAAUAUCACCCGAUCAAUCUUCGUCUGUUCCUAAGAUGUUGAUGAUCUCAGCUCAUGGAACAACCUUAUCUAUUAUUCUAAACUCUAUGGGAGUUUUCGACGGUCACUUACCAGGAUCAGCUUUCACUGUCUUGUGGGAGUUAAAAAGAACACAGUGCGGUCGAUACUUCGUCAAUGUUUAUUUAAAAUCUGACAGUGAUUUGAAAAAACUUGCCGUUCGAGGAUGUGAAUUUGAAUGUAGCUAUGAAAACUUCAAGAGUGCUUUGAGCAACAUCACACUAGAUAUAGACAGUUGGAUCAAAGAGUGCUAUGAAUGCUGA